AUGACGACCCUGUCGAGAAAGAACUGCAUAGAUUCCAUGAAACUAACUAUGGAAUUACAAAGACUAAGUGCCAACCUCGAGGAUAGAAUUUCUGUUAUUGAACACAAAAAGAGCGGAAUAAAUAUGGCCAUAGCUUCUCAUGCCACGCCCAUUUAUCUCCAGAGGAGGGGCAACAAAGACUAUAUUAAUUCCUUUGACACAGUUCAACAGAAUGACGAGCCUCGUUCCCGAGCAGCAAGUUUCGGGAAAGCGGAAUCAGUUCAAUCAUUGAGAAGAAAAAUUAAAGAUUUUUCGACUCAUGGCGAUACAUCGGAAGACGAGUUUGCGCACUGCAUUGGUUCUCACAUCGCAUCCACAAGAGGACUUCAUAACUGUGAGACAUGUUCUGCCUUAAGCAGAAUCAAUCCCAGAGGGCGCCGUAUGUCGCUUCCUGCAACACUGGUGCAUGUAAAACCCAUAAAGAAAUUAAAAAGUGCAAAUUCGAAUUCAAGUUCAAGCUCAAACUUGAAUUCGUCCAGGGGAAACCUGACUGGUUCUAACAAAGUGCCGGAAACAUUUGAUACGGAGGAAAUCGAUAUGCAUCUACGGAAAGUUAAACGGGAGCUUGGAAAGAGAAAACCGAAGACCGUGUCCGAGUUACGCGCCGACAUGACCACGACAUAUCAGCACAGAAAAGAGUUGGAGCAGGUCGAGAACGAGAUUAUUAACGAUAUGAUGAAGUCACUUGAUGACAAGUAUUACAAAGAACUCGAAGGAUGUCGCUAUCACAGGCAUCACGGUAGCCUAGCAAAUAAACAGUUAUCAGUAGAUGAGAUAUUUCAUUAG